AGAAUCAGAGAAUAAAAUCAGAGUGCAGAUAUAGAACUCAUUAUCAAAGAUAAUUUAUUGUUUGUUGGUAUAAUUACCUGAAUAUUUCAAGGUACUUCGAUCAUCCUUUCGAUGAAUUUUAUACAUGACGAUGAAGCGGCGUCGUCCGCCGACGACGCUGUGAUAGGCGAGCGCCUGCUGUCACGCAUGCAGCAGCGCACGCAGGAGCGCGAGCAACGCUCCCAACAGCGACGCGAUCAAGUGACCAACCGCAACACCGAGCUCGAAAACGACGACGCAUUUCUCACUUCAUUCAAUGAAAUGAAAAUCAAGCUUGAGGAAGACUUAAAGAAUGUCACUCAACGAUCAACUGCGGACAAGAGUGAGCUCGAGUCGUGCUUCGAAAAGAUGACUAGGGAUCACGGUUUGAUUCAACAGUAUAUCAACGAGUCUAGUAUGUUUCUGUCCCAGUAUCUGUUGAAACGCUCACAAGAAUCGCUUGCCAGCUUAGACGUAGAAAUUAGAAAUAAAAUGAGUGAGAUGAUUCCUAAAAAGAGGUUCGGCUUCAGAGGACGCUCUAAUUUACCGCCCAAGACAGCUGUGACUCCCGACGUCGUCGACAGUGCUUCAGAAGUUCAAAGAAACUCUGCUUUGGAACAACUUUUAGAGAAAAACUUUUACGGCUUCAGGGAUCUGUCAAGUGAGAAGCUCACACUGAACGCUGCCGAGGUGCACAACAGACAAGUGAAUCUGGUUAAUUUAAUCGACUGCACAGUCACGAUUCUGGGCAACCCUGGUGGUAUGCAAGCGGCGGGCCUCACCAACUGCACCGUGGUUGUGGGCCCCAUGUCGCGUUCGGCGUUCAUCAAGAACUGCGUUGACUGCCGCUUUGUUCUGGCCUGUCAGCAGGUGCGCAUCCACGAUACUAAGGACAGUCAAUUUUACCUGCACGUUACGGGCGCUGCCAUCAUCGAGUCUUGCAAUAACGUUGGCUUUGCUCCCUUUAACUUGAACUACGACCAACUUGAUGAGCACUACACUUCUAGUGGCCUCGAUAGAAGUAUUAAUAAAUGGGAUAAAGUCGACGACUUCAAGUGGCUCAACAGUGAGGAAAAAUCGCCCAAUAUGUUUCUCAUCCCUGAAGAAAACCGGCAAACUGAAUGGUUGACCAGCACGUGAAAAUAAUGCUCAUUUAAAUUCGUUUUUAGUUAUGGAUCUAUUCCUCAUUAAGUUAUCAUUCCUGCACUUCUUCAUUCCGCUUCUUGGAUGAAUAAAAUUUACACCGCACCUCGAAAAUGCUGGCUUUUAUGCAGCACCUUGGCUUGAAUCCCCCCGGACACCCAUCAAUCACGCACACAUCCUUUCGCCACAAUCUGUAACGGGCAUCAUCCCUCAGGAAAUAACUAAAUAAUAUCUUGGAAGUCACUUAGAACACCCAUUCCCCAUCUCCUGUUAUAGCCAUGCUCACAAGGGCGACGGAACCCUACGCAUCCUACAAGCCCUAGCUGACAACAACUGGGGCUUCUCGAAUGAGGGUAUCGCUGCCACCUAGCGGACCAUCACGCAUCCAAUCCUUAACAAAACAGCCUCUAUCUGGUACCCCAUUGUUUUGCACACCGCAAUAGCAGGCCUCCAAACUAUCCAGAAAAUGGCCUUGAGAUUGGCCACCGGCUGCGUCAGAAUGACUACAAUAGUCCAUCUCGGCUGCAAUGCUGAGACAGACAGUUCCUUGUCAGUGCCUUACAGCCCUCCUCGGGGACCGACCCAUGAAAGCAUCCCUCGUGGCGAGAGCCGGCCACCUUGUGGCGAACGGCAUUUGCAUGCAGGCUCCUACAAGAAGGCCAAGCGAUAUCUAUAUAGGCAGGGAGAUCUCGUGUUGUGGCGACCGUCGAUGACAAGAUUGUACUGGCUGCUCCACCUUGCCCGAUUGCUACUGAAAAUGCUCGUUCUCCCGCCUUCAUCGCUCAGCGCUGCCUCAGCUCCGUUCGGGCCACUGCUGCUCCUUUGUAUCCUGUACUUUUUGUACAGUCGUACGCUCACCCAACGAUUGUGGGGAUCACCUCCAGCAUCGUUUUUCCUACACACCUUCCCCACGACCCUCAGCGUCUCCUCAUUGUGGGACAGACCAUGGAGGCGCCAGUCUUCCUGUCCACCCUCCGAGCCUAUCUCACUCCGCUUCAAGUGGGCUUCCCUCGCCCAAUACACCACCACAGGAACUACCCUCUCGUGCGACCGUCGGCACAAAAAAACACGAGUAGCCAUCUCGAAUGAGAAAUAUGAACAGGCCAGUUACUGUCAGAACAAAAAAUUAAUGGUUAUUCAUCAUUUGUUCAUGCUCCUCAGUCUAUAAAUCCGUUGCGCUUUGGUGGGCGACAAGUUUUUGUAACAUUAGGCACGCCUUUGCUACUCAGCUGCACAACUAACGAUGACUACGAUGUCUUUUUUUAAUGAGCGGUAGCCAUUAACAAUUCAGUUAUUUUAGUGCAAGUAGUAUAAUUCGUAGGGCACCGUUGGAAAAAAGCCUUAAACUAACGUAUUUACGCGUGAAUCUACGCUAUUUCCAAUAAGUUAAGUUACUGUUGAACAAUUCUGCUUUUAUUGGCCAUGAGGUGAACAGUGUUAUCUUCAUCAGUCAAACUGAAGGCAGAGACUAUAGUUAGGUUAGUCGAAAGUUAUAUCUCUGAAUGUUUUAUUCGCAUGAUCUGAAGAUGCAACAUGCAGCUAAACUUGUCAACUUGCAUGCAACUCAACGCUAACUAUAAUAAAUACGGAAACGGGCCUAGUUUCUUCACAAAUCUGGGUAAUAAAAUUUAAAUAACAAA